AUGUUCAUCCAGCUAGCCCUGUCUACAGAGGACAGUUUGGGUGGCCCUUUCAUUCACAGUUCAAUAGAGGAGGCAAAGAGACUCGUAGAUGAAGCCUACAAGUACUCCAGAGAAAAGAGUCUGGAGAGAGUGCGUGGACAGUCCACAAGGCCCUCAGAUGUCCUGCGUCUCAUGAAGCAGCCUGCCAGGGACACGCGCUCUGCUGUACGGUCUGCAGACUACCUGGAGAACACCCUGAGACUGAUCCAUGAGAAAGUCCACCGCAACCACAGGCUGCACAAACGCUCACUCAACGCAACAGACCUCCUCACAACACAGGAGCUAGACACCAUUGCCCGGGUAACCGGCUGUGCAGCUCGUGUCAGCAUACCCUCCUGCCACACCACACCCAACGUUAACAAGUACCGCACAGCCACCAGUGUCUGCAACAACCUGAAGUACCCUCGUCUUGGAGCCUCAAACACCCCCUUCACUCGUUGGCUGCCUGCUCAGUAUGACGAUGGGGUCUCUAGACCCAAAAGCUGGGACCCAAACAGGAGCUUCAACAACUUUGUGCUCCCUCUGGUAAGGGAGGUCUCUAACCGUAUCCUGGCAACCAAUGACGCCGGUGUAGAGAGCGAUCGCGAGUUCACACACAUGGUCACCAUUUUUGGCCAGUGGAACGACCAUGACCUGACAUUCACGCCCGAAUCCCCCAGCAUCCGCGCCUUCAGCAACGGCCUGGACUGUGAUCAGAGUUGUGAACGCUCCGAACCCUGUUUCCCCAUCCAGAUUCCUCUCAAUGACCCACGCUUGCCCACUGGCCCAGACAGCUGCAUCCCAGUCUUCCGAUCAGCGCCCGUGUGCGGCACAGGAAAGUCUGCUUUCAAUUUCGGUGACAUGGCCAACAGGAGGGAGCAGAUCAAUGCCCUGAAUGCCUUCCUGGACUUGGGGCAGGUGUACUACGGCUCUGAGGAGGGGUUGGCGCGUGACUUACGUGACCUCACCAACGAUGGAGGCCUGCUGCGUGUCAACAAAGAGUUCAAAGACAAAGGACGCGAGUUUCUACCUUUCACUGACGUGAAGGGGAACAUGUGUGCAACCCGCGGGAGAAUCACCAAAGUCACCAAUGCCACGGAGGUGCCCUGCUUCAUUGCAGGUGAUGCUCGUGUGGAUGAAAACAUAGCUUUGACAUCCAUUCACACAAUGUUCAUGCGUGAGCACAACCGUCUGGCCCGUGCCCUGCGUCGUCUCAACCCACAUUGGGACGGUGACACACUCUAUCAGGAGGCCCGCAAGAUCAUGGGCGCCUACGCACAGGUGUUUGUGUUCAGGGACUACCUGCCGCACAUUGUGGGUCCAGAUGCCAUGGCCCGGCAGCUCGGCCGUUACCCUGGCUACAAUGAGACGAUUGAUCCCAGCAUUGCCAACGUGUUUGCGACAGCAGCUUACCGCUUUGCCCACCUGGCCAUCCAGCCCAUGCUGUCCCGCCUGGACAGCAACAACAGGGAGAAUCCCAGGUUCCCCAGCGUGCCCCUUUUCAAGGCCUUCUUCACCCCCUGGAGGCUGGUGUUUGAGGGUGGUAUCGACCCUCUGAUCCGAGGUCUGGUGGGUCGGCCUGCUAAGCUGAACACCCAGGACCACAUGAUGGUGGAUGCUCUGAGGGAAAAACUAUUCCAGUUUAUAAGCCACCUGGCUCUGGACCUGGGCUCCCUCAACAUGCAGCGUGGACGUGACCAUGGCCUGCCUGACUACAAUGCUUGGCGUAAAUUCUGUGGGCUCUCAACGCCUAGUAACCUGGACGAGCUGGCCGUGGUUCUGAACAACACAGACCUGGCCUUCAGACUGCUGCAGCUCUACGGCACUCCAGAUAACAUUGAUGUGUGGAUGGGGGGCGUGGCUGAACCCUUCGUACACGGGGGCCGCGUCGGGCCUCUCUUCACCUGCCUCAUCGCCACCCAGUUCCAGAGGAUCCGCCAGGGAGACAGGCUGUGGUAUGAAAACCCAGGCGUCUUCACCUCGGCACAGAGGAAUGCCCUGAGAAAUGCCUCUCUGGCCCUGAUCAUCUGUGACAACACUGGCAUUACAGCCGUGUCCCGUAACCCCUUCAGCAUCCCUGGGGGAGGGAACACACCCAUCAACUGCAACAAGGUCCCGAAAUUAAACCUUAGAGCCUGGAAGGAGAGCCCUUCUAUGGCCGAUCAGGAGCAGCAGGAUGAGGAGCCGGAUCAGGAGCCGUCAGAACAGGACAACGAGCCCCUCCUCCCGACGCCCCCGAACACCCCCCGGACGCCCCUGGACACCCCCCGACGCCCCCGGAUGCCCCAGCAGCAACAUACGCCAUCCAGCAGCUCACCGCCUUCUCUCACCCACAACCCUUCUCUGUCCAGCUGGCCGACAACUUCCUCACCCACAACCCUUCUCUGUCCAGCUGGCCGACAACUUCCUCACCCACAACCCUUCUCUGUCCAGCUGGCCGACAACUUCCUCACCCACAACCCUUCUCUGUCCAGCUGGCCGACAACUUCCUCACCCACAACCCUUUUCUGUCCAGCUGGCCGACAACUUCCUCACCCACUUCCCUUCUCUGUCCAGCUGGCUGACAACUUCCUCACCCACUACCCUUCUCUGUCCAGCUGGCUGACAACUUCCUCACCCACAACCCUUCUCUGUCCAGCUGGCCGACAACUUCCUCACCCACAACCCUUCUCUUUCCAGCUGGCCGACAACUUCCUCACCCACAGCAAAGUCACAGUUUUUAGCCAGGUCGUCUACAACAGGCCAAACCAUUACAAUAUAAAGUCAGGUGUGUUCAUAACCACCAGCACCACACCUGGUGAUACCAGUUUUCUUUCAGUUUCUCAGUGUGGACCUGUGGCGUAA